AUGGUAACAAAAUUAAAUGAAUUAUUAGGAGAAGAGCUUCUUCAACAUAACGCAUCUGGAGAUGAAUUAAGUGUAAUAUCAACAAAUCAACUUGAUGGAAAAACUAUUGUAGUUUUUUUUGCGGCUCAUUCGUGUACAAAUUGUAAAGAUUUUACACCAAGAUUAGUUAAAGCAUUCAAUGAAGUUAAUGAUGAAAUAAAAAACAAAUUGGAUAUCGUUUUUAUUUCAUGUGAUAAAAAUUCAGAAGAUUCAAAAGAAUAUUUCAAAAAGAUGCCAUGGAAAGCAUUACCUUUCUCUGAUCGUCAUCGUUCGACUGUAUUGAGCGAAGAAUUCAACACUGAGGAUAUUCCAUCUUUGAUUGUUUUGUCUCCAUCAUGUGAACUAAUAACUUCGAAUGGUUAUGAUGAAAUAUGCUAUGCUCCUAAAGUUGCUUUACAUAAAUGGUCUCAAGGAAAAUGUUUAUUUUGGACUCGUGAACAACGAGACAAUGAACAUGUAUGGGAAAGUAUUAAUUGUAGUAAAUGUUUUAUGAAGCCUUUAAUUGGUUCACGAUAUGGUUGUACAAAUCACGAAUGUCAAAUUAAUUUGUGUGAAACAUGUUCAUCAAAAAAUAAACAUGAACAUCCUCUCGUUGAGUAUCUCAUUCCAACACAAGAAUAUUCAUUAGAAACGCUUUUAACAUCGAUACCUUAUUUACUUGAUCCUAAAAGUGAAGAAAAAAUUGAAACAAAAACAAUAUUGAAAAAUGAUAUUAAAUGUAUUGGAUUUUAUUUUUCGGCUCAAUGGUAUUCUGAUUGUCGCAUAUUUACAAUAGAAUUAGCCGAGUUGUAUAAAAAAUCACAAGCAAAUUCUCAUCCUUUUCACAUUGUAUUUGUAUCAUGUGAUGAUGAUGAAGAAUCAUUUCAUAGUUACCGAUCAGAAAUGCCUUGGCCCGCAGUUCCAUGGAAUUCAAGUGCAAUUCUUAAGGCAUACUUUCAAGCUUUUACUAUUCCAUUAUUUAUUAUUGUAUCAUCCGAUGGAAAAAUUUUAUCACGUCGUGGUUAUGAAAAUGUUUUACGUCUUGGUAUUGAAGCUUUACAAACAUGGUCACAAGGUGAAAAAUUACCUCGUCUCUCGGAAGAUAAAUAUAAAUGGCUUGAUAUCACUUGUGAUGGAUGUCAUAUGAAUCCUCUUGUUGGUCAAAGAUAUAGUUGUUCUAUGUGUGACUAUUAUAAUUUUUGUUCAGCAUGUGAAAAGAAAGGACAUAAGCAUCCUCUUGUACUUCAACCUCAACCAAAUGACGAUGAAUAA